AUGCAGCACUCAUUAAAGGAGAGCAUACAGAACAGCCACAGCUACAAGGCGUACAGGAUGUACUUCAGCAGCAGGCUGGUUGUUCUUAUGCUGACAAUAUUCCUAUUUCAUGUUGUAAUUGUCUCGUGCGAAGCUCUCUUUAUGAUUUACUGCGAGCACAGUUUAAAAAAUCAAAAGAUUCCAGAAAUAAACCCGUCCCUCGAAAAGCUCUUCCUCGCUUCAGACACUGCAAAAGUGUUCGAGUCGCAGGCCAAAAUAGCAGGAAAGUGGGCGAUUAAAAGGGCUGCGAGCAUACUCAUAAAAAGCUUUGAUUUUAUCGUCAUUAUCGCGUUUUUCUCCCACGGGAUAAGAAACUGGCUUAUGCCUGCAGCCAGGAGCUUCAAGGGCAUCAUAAAAAUCAACUCAUCGCACAUGUCAGUUGCGGACAACACGUACCUCUGUCUCUCUCUGCUCGCUCUGGGCAUGAAGUCCGUGGUUGCGGAGUGGAUCAUUGUCUCAAAGCAAGACUACGUGGACUUGCUGCUCAACACCUUCAUACAGCUGUGCAGGUGUCUGCUAGUUGCCCCCAUUCUCGUGUGGCUCUUUAGCUCUGUGUACAACAAGACAAAAUACGGGCUCAUCCUCGCUGCGUACAUGUCCAUCAUUAUUCUCAUUUUAAUCAGCAACUGCACGUCAAUUCUGCCAGACUCUGUGGAGGGCAUGGAUAUAAUACCGGCAAAGGAGCUGGGGCCCGAGCUGUACACUGAGCUAGUCAGACUCAAGCUGGAGAACAAAAUAUACUGGGACCAGGAGGCAAAGGGAGAGAACGCAGCGCUUGUCAAAACAGGAGCAUCAAAGUACAUUCUCGUGAUGGGUGACUUGCUGAAGUACGGAAAAAAAGAGUUUAUCUCGUUCAUUGCCCACGAGGUGGGGCAUGCAGACGACCAGAGCACAGAGAAGAAGCUGCUCGCAUCAAUACUUGGCCUUGGGCUUACGUGUGGGUGCAUGCUGGGAGUGCUGCACGUAAUUGUUCCGAAGUACGAAAGACGCGGCGUGUCUCCUUUCUCUGUGGUUGUUUUUUUAUUGAUGGCGAACAUGUACAUAUUCUCGGGGCUUACAAACAUGUUCUACAACAAUCUGUACAUUCUCUCGGAAGUAAAUGCUGAUAUCUAUGCGAAAAAGCUGGGAUUUGGGAGCAGCUUGGCCAAUGGCUUGUACCGGCUGAUGAUUGACAACUCUGCGUCCCUGUUCCAUUCUACUAUUUACACGUACUACGCACAGGACCAUCCUGCUGUAUCUUCUCGUGUGGCAUAUUUAAAUAAAUAG